AUGAGCGCCAACGACGGAAUUGCCCCUCACGGCGCGGUGGAGAAGGGCAAGGGUAAACUUGCUGAGGCUGAGGACGCGUUUAUGGGACGGGCUGCUGAGGAUACUGACUCUGGAGAGGAGAGUGAAGGUGAUGACAUCGAAGAGGAAGAAGCCGAAGACGACAACCUCGAGCGCAUUUCCGCAGAUAACAUCAUCGAAGGCGGACGUCGCACGCGCGGCAAGGUCAUCAAUUUCGCCGAGGCUGCAUCAAAGGUCGACGAGGACGACGACGCGAUGGACGAUGAUGAGGAUGAUGACUUUAGGCCUAAAGAUGAGGACGAGGAGAUGCGGGGUUAA